AUGUCUUCUACACAAAACAGUGAAAACGCUCCUAUGCGCUCUGUCGUUGAUACCGAUUACAAGGAAUCAGGUUCUGAGAUGAUGGCUUUGCAAUGGUUCGGAAAAGAAGAUGUCGCUGUCGGCAAGGUGCCUAUCCCGGCCAUAACUAAUGACACAGACGUCAUUGCCAAAGUAACAGGUACCACAAUCUGUGGAUCCGAUUUGCACCUCUAUCAUGGAGAGAUAAUGGAAUUGAAAAAAGGUGAUGUGCUUGGGCAUGAAUGGUGUGGAAUUAUAGAGGAUGUUGGCCCGAGUGUUCAGAACUUCAAAAAGGGGGAUAGAGUUGUUUCUAGUUUUCAAAUUGCUUGUGGCGAAUGCUUUUAUUGCAGAGAUAACUUAUCGUCUAUGUGCGACAAAACAAGCACAUCAAGAGUGCAAGAACUGAUGUAUGGGACGGCUGUCAGUGGGAUCUAUGGCUACUCCCAUUUUACUGGUGGUUAUGCUGGGGGACAGGCGGAGUACGUCCGUGCUCCGCGUGCUGAUUACAACUUAUUGAAGAUACCUGAUAAAGUGCCUGAUGAGAAGGCAUUAUACUUAUCUGACAUUGUUCCUACAUCCUAUCAUAGCGUGGUUUGUGCCGAUGUUAAGAAAGGAGAUACCGUAGCUAUUUGGGGCUUAGGACCAAUUGGGUUAUGUGCCUUAAGAUGGGCACAGCUUAGAGGUGCUAAGAGGGUUGUUGGUAUUGAUAAUGUUGAAAGUCGCUUGGCUAAAGCUCAAUCCAUGGGAUGCAAGGUUCUUAACUUCAAAGAUAUAGAUGUAGUUAAAGAAAUUCUUAACAUUGUGCCAGGAGGAGUAGACUCGAGUAUUGAUGCUGCCGGAUUUCGUUACGCAAACAAGUUGACGCAUAAUAUUCAGCGGACUCUUGGACUUGAGACAGAUACGUCUGAGGUUAUAAACGAGGCCAUAAAAGCUACCAGAAAGUUUGGAACUAUUGCUUUGGUGGCAGAUUACGCAGGAUUCGCAAACCAGUUUUUAAUUGGGGGUUUAAUGGAAAAAGGUAUCACCUUGAGAGGAUGUGGACAGGCUCCUGUACAGAAAUAUUGGCAUGAGCUAUUGGAGAAGGUUGAGGCUGGUCUUUUCGAUCCUACAUUUAUUUUGACUCAUAGGUUUCCAAUCGAAGAGUUUAAGGAAUUAUAUCAAGCUUUCGAUAAAAAGAAAGGAGGAAUCGGAAAGGUCUUUGUUCAGACUAGAUUUUCUUCACCUCCUUCUGAAGGAACACCUUCUUUGUCACAUGUAAAUGAACUUUUGUGA